GCUAUGGCAGGUUGCCUCCAACACCACUUUUGAGCUUCAUCCCGCACUACGUUGCUAAGCGUGGGAAUGGCCGCUCCUCCGGCCCACAAUUCUCGAUUCGGUCGUGACUAUAGGGCGUAACUUAUCUUUUCCGCAGCGGGGAUACGUAACGGCCGGCUCCGCCUCAACGCAGAUGUAGACUUACAUUCCAGCCAGAAGUUUGAUUCUGUAACAUACAACGACACACUAGGUCCCUCUCCACAAUGGCGCCCUCCGCGAUCUCCUCAGAUGCCGUCUCUAGUAUCAAGGCCAAACAGCCCAUUCCCAAGUCCAAAGACGAUCCCGCGAAGCCCCAGACCGCACUCCAGGCCAUAUCCCAGGGCGUCAGCCUACCAGGUAUCCCGACUUUCCCGAGCUUCGCACCCCAGCGCGCAUGGCUCCUUGCCCAUAUGGCUGGCGCGUUCCGCGUGUUCGCGCGCAAAAACUUUACGGAGGGCAUGUCCGGGCAUAUUUCGGUGAGGGAUCCGGAGUUCCCCCAUGCGUUUUGGACGAACCCGCUGGGGAGGCAUUUUGGACUGCUGAGGGCGAGCGAUAUGGUGCUUGUGGACUACGAUGGAAAGGUUGUGGGGGGCAAUAGGGCGAGGCCGUCAAAUGCGGCGGGAUUUUUGAUCCAUAGUGCGGUGCAUAAGGCGAGGCCGGAUGUUCAUGCUGCGUGCCACUGCCACGGCAUCGCAGGCAAGGCCUGGUCCGCUUUCGGCAAGCCCCUCGAUAUGAUUAACCAAGACGUAACGUACUUCUAUGGCGAUGCGCAGGCUAUGUACCGCGACUUCGGCGGCGUCGUGCUUUCUCCGGAGGAAGGCGAGAAACUUGCUGCUGCGCUUGGACCCAAGGGCAAGGGACUUAUCCUACAGAAUCACGGUUUGCUCACGGUGGGCGGCACAGUAGAUGAGGCUGCGUACCUCUACACGCUGAUGGAGAAGUCAUGCGAUGUGCAGCUCCGAGUCGAGGCUGCUGCGGCUGCGGGGUUGAAGAAGAUUAUUGUGGACGACGAGGCAGCCGAGUACACGUUUCGCAUGGCGAGUGACCCUGAGGCUCUGUACUGGGAGUUCCAGCCGGAUUUGGAGUAUGAAUAUGAGAUGAGUGGGGCUGUUUUUGAGGAUUAUGUAGCGCCAGAGACACUGUUGGAUUAGGGCGGCACAGUGGCUAACACAGAACAUAGUAAUGUGUACGCACCCAGUCCCGU